GAGUUUCAGGCCCGGGAGUGAACAUAAUAGUACACUCGCAAAGCCGAAUAAAAACGAAGGCUGAGGGGCUUACGUUGCAAACCUCCCUUGCUUGGCUAAUCAUUUGGACCACCCACCAAGAUGGCGACGGGGAUUCCCCCAAGGGCAUAAGGAGAGGAUAGGUUUCCAAGACCGUACCGCAAGCGAUCCAUGUUAACGUUUAGAGCAAGCAUCGGGGCUCUCAACAAAAGUCACCUGGAUACCUUCAUCAAAAGGUGCUCAAGCCGCCAUGGAGAGCAGUGGCAGGGGAAACGCGUGCGACUACAGCCACAACGUCACCUUCUUCUACGAUUACGUAGGUAAGGAGAUCAGCAGAGACUGGGGUGUCAGGGACUGUGUGGUCGUGGUCCUGGGCCUGACCAUCUGCCUCAUUAUGAUCCUGUCCAAUAUAAUGGUGAUGGCGGCCAUCUUGAUCAACCGACGCUUCCACUUCCCCAUCUACUUCCUGCUAGCCAACAUGGCCGCUGCGGACCUGUUCGCCGGCUUGGCCUACACCAACCUCGUGCUCAACACAGGACCCUGGACCAUCAGGCUGUCCAAGCAGCAAUGGUUCAUUAGGAAUGCUCUGGUGGACAUGAGCCUGACGGCGUCUGUGGCCAACCUGCUGGCUGUGGCGGUGGAGCGUCACCAGACCAUAAUUACCAUGCAGCUGCACAGCAAGAUGACCAAACGGCGGGUGGUGCUGCUGAUCGUGUGUAUCUGGGCAGUGUCUAUCAUCAUGGGGCUGGUCCCUUCCAUGGGGUGGAACUGUGAGUGCCAGCUUAGCGACUGCUCCAUCAUCGCCCCGCUCUACAGCCGCAGGUAUAUGAUCUUCUGGGCGUCUCUCAACCUGCUCACCUUUUCUGUCAUGGUGGCUGUGUACGCACGCAUCUAUGUCUACGUGAGACGUAAGGGUAAACGGAUGUCUCAGCACAGCUCCCACCAUCUGAGGCACAACGAGACUGUCUUUAACCUCAUGAAGACUAUCUCUAUUGUACUGGGUGUGUUUGUCAUCUGUUGGACACCGGGCCUGAUGACUCUGUUGCUAGAUGGGAUCAUGGGUAAAGACAGCCAUGCCUUGACCUAUGAGAAGUACUGUCUGAUCCUGGCUGAGUGUAACUCCCUGGUUAACCCUAUUAUCUACUCCUUCCGGGACGAGGAGAUGAGAAGGACCUUUAAGUAUAUCCUGUGCUGCCUGUGUAGGAGGAGCUCUGACCACCAGGGGGAGCAGUCCCCUGUGGAGUUCAACACACUGCAACCAGAGGUAGAUAAUGGUUGUGAAGUAAAAUCAGAGAAAGCCAACUUUACUGCCCUCCAGCUGAUAAAGACAGAGUGGUGACAAGCCUCUUCACCCUGACAGCUGGAUUCAAUCAUAUUGACACCAUGGACAUUAAGAUCUACAGCCACUCGUGAAUUUAGGCCUCUAUUCAAUCUGUCGCUGAAGCGUUACAAAUUGCAAGGUGAUUUCCGAUUGACAUAUGCAGCGUUUACUGUGAAUGAGUCUCUGCUAAUGCGGGAACCUUGCGUUUAAAUUUAAAUCACUGUUACGCUGAACUUCCGUGAUACAGAUUGAAUAAAGCUGUUAGUGGGGUUAAAACAGGAGGACAAUGGACAAGCACUGGACAAUAUGGUUAUUAUAACGCCAUACUCUCGUGUACAUUUUGGGAUGCUUGUUUGUACAGUAUGUUUUGUUUAUCUAGAUGCGUUACACUAAUACUGAGAUAUUCAGAAACAGACAAACUGUCUAGGGAAAGACUACCUCCAUGUGCCACAGUUCAAUUGUGUGAUACAUAACGAGCCAUGUGAUGCUUUAAAAAUACCAGCAUGGGGAUAUAGGGAAGCCUGGAAUUUAAGCUUAAAAUCACCCUUUCACUAUUUACUAAAAAUGAAACUGCGUGACAUUCGAUCAUGCAUACAUUUUGCGUACGGGUGGUCCUGUGAAUCGAACCCACAACCCUGGCAUUGCAAGCUCCGUGCUCUAUCUACUUUACCAACAUAGCUACAGAGGCGGGUUGCAAUUAUGAAAAACUGAGUUUAAAUGUAUUUGGCUAAGGUUUAUGUAAACUUCAACUGUGUAAAACCAUCAAAGGGUGUCAUUAUUUUUGUUUAAAAUGUCACAAGAGCAUAGAUAAUGACUAAUCAUAAAAAUAAAAACCAACCCCAAAUAAUGAAAAGCACAAUUAUUUUAUUCAUUUUUUUCUUCUAAUAAGGAACACUACAACUUGUCAUUCUUUUUACUCGUUCUAGAACAAUUCUAAAGUUGAGGUAUAAAAUAAGUUCGUACAGACUCGCAGGUCUUGAAACAGUGGGGUUUUAUAUACAAGAGACAGAGGUAGAGACGAGAGGGGGUAUUUAAAAUACAAGGGGACAAAGAAGAGGGAGCAAUAUACAAAGAUACUAACAAAACAAAGUGACACAUUAAAAGGGUUUAAUGUAUCGUGUGAUUUGGUGCUGUGGAAUUCUACGGUCGCAGAUAGAAUAUUCUGUGGUAGAAUCCUACAGUAGGUGACUCACUAUUGGCUCAACCUGUAUAGGAAUAGCUCCAUUUUUACGUUUAACUGUAUCGUUAGUAUAAAAAAGUGGGAGAAAACAAAAUAUAAAAAAUUAAAUAGGGUCAAUCCAGACAAAAUGGCCGAAGUUAAAUGGAUAAGGGAUUUCUAAAAAUGUGAGAGAAAGAGACUUUGUUCCCCAGUUGAGGUAAGGGCUGAUUAAAUGCAUUCACGGUAUAUGCUAGCAAGAUGGCCAACAAUGGCGCUGGCAUUAAUUCAGCGGUUACUGCUAAAAUGCGGUUUCACAGAAGUUCCAAUUGGAAUUCACACAGUACUAAACAAAACUACAAUACCCAUAACCCAAAUGAACAAAAAGACCAAGUUAAAAUAAUGCAAUAAUCACUCAAAAAAUAAUAAUUAACUUGACCCCAACCUCAGGAGAACAUUAAAGACCAAACAAUCAGGCAACUCACCCAAAAAUAAAGCAGAGGGUUUAUAAAAAGAGAAACGAACAUUCCACAAUCUGUACAGUGACAUCCAUUUACGACUGGUAGAAAAAGACAAGACUAAUUUGGUGUAGUAGUGGUAAGAUAUAAUAAGCUAUAUGAAAUGUUUAUAAUAACAGUAAACAAGGACACUAAUUUGGGUAAUACAAUAGAGUUCUCUGUAACGAUGUACGUAUAUCUGUUUAAUAUAUAGUUUGUCCUUUUAUCAAAAUGCCCGGUACUCUUAACAGUUGAUGUAUGAUUGUAAAUAACAAUUUUAAGCUGAAUAAAAAUAAAAGGAAAUGAAAUCA